CAGAGCCGCCCGGGUCUCCUCAGAGAAGAGGAUCAGUCACCGGAGAGAGGACCGGCGUUAACCGAGGAAAAGGUGAUAAAGUGGACCGUUAAUCUACGAACUGUUGGACUAUACCGGAAAUAAAACUCCAGAGUAGAAGAAGAAGUGUUCAAACCUCUGCUAAGCUAACGUCAGCGCUGCUUUUAUUUAAAGACUUUUCUCCUAAAAGGACAAAAUGCUCAGCUGGUGCCUCGUGUUGAUUUUAUCUGCCUCCGUUUUCUCAGAGUCGCAGGUGAGGGAGACGGAGACAUGGAUGCCCAUGAAGACCACGCAGACCACCGCCAUGUCGACGACACGCCGUGACGACCAGGAGUCAUCGGGAGACUCCCCCAAUGGCUCCGACUUUGGCUUCACAGACGACGAGGACGACGCGUAUAAUGAUGGAGAUGACGACGACGACUACUACACCGACUCGUACGAGAGCGAGAUGAAUGUCAAGGAUGACGACGACGACGUCAACGAUGAAUACACCGACUCGUACGAGUACAGGGACAGCCUCAAGGAUGACGACGACGACUACGAUGACGACGAGUUCUCAGGAUCAGGCGAUGGAGCAACUACAGUGCCACCUCAGCGGGAGACCAAGACGUCAGCCAAGCCUAAUGUGAACGACAACAAGAUCCCCGAGGUGGAGCGCCCGGUGCGGCCGACCAUCAACGAGGUGGAGAUCGUCCAGAACAGCAACGAAAUCCCUCUGCUGAGGAACCAGGGCCAGAGCAGCGAGGAGCACCCAUCUAAUGUCCUCAUGUCCCACGCCACAGACGACAGCAUCUUCAACAAGACAGAAGUCCUCGCAGCUCUGAUCGCAGGCGGCGCCGUCGGCCUGAUGUUCGCCGUCCUCCUCAUCCUCCUCCUCAUCUACCGCAUGAAGAAGAAGGACGAGGGCAGCUACGAGCUGGGAAAGAAGCCCAUCUACAAGAAAGCCCCCACCACGGAGAUCUACGCAUAGACCCUGACCCGUUAAAACCCCAAUCAGUGCCUCGUCAUCAUACCUCCUCCUCCUGGCUCAGGAGAGACCGUCUCCCUGACAACAACAUUGAUCGACUGACUCUGCCCCUCACGUCUGCUUAUUUCAUAACUGGUGCUCUCUUAACCAAUCAGAGGCUUUCUUGGUCCACCUGUCAGUCUCCAAACAAGCAUAAAGGAGCGACAGGAUUGGACGUCUUCAGCUCCGGUGAACGGCGGCCAUAUUUUUGUAUGUUUUUGUCCCCAUGUCAUGAAAAAACAAGCAGAACUUUAUCUCCUCUUCCUGUUGAAACACUAACACUGUGCAAUGAUGGUACACGUAAAUCCAGUUAUUUAUUCUCUGUCUCUUUCCUGGACUGAAGCUUCACCACGACUCUAGCAGGCCAUUUUUCUGUGGACAUGUUUAGGUUUUUGCAUAAUUCUUUUAAUGCAGAGAGAUUUGAGCUGUUUUCUAUUAAAGAAACCCUCUUUUGGGCAAGAAGUGACUUUUUAAAUUGGUUUAAAUCUAAAGAAAGAAGUGAGAGAUUUGAUUGAUAAUCCUCACCGUGCUUCUUUAGGGGUCAGGAAGUUUUUGCAAAUCAUUCACUUGAUGCUUUCUGCAUUUUUAGAUGCAGCAGAAUCAUUAAAUUGACCUUAAAAGACUUUAAAUCUCCAGCCUUCUGCUGUGUUUUUGUGUCUCCUCAUGCGGGAGAAGUCCCGCCAGUCUGGCACGUAGCACCAGAUAAGUAAGCUAAAGUAAUCCAGAAGAGGAAUUUGCAAAUACUGUUGGACCCGGGUCACGCUCAAACGCUCAGUAAGAAGCUUCAAACGCCUGCUCCGUGUUUUACCAGUAUGAUACUAACAACCGCGGUGCCUCCAGGGUUUGUUUUCUGUUUUUACGCUGAACUCGACUGAAGUCAAAGCAACUCGCUCCUGCAGGGCGACACACCUACAUUCCUCACACACUCACACACAAACGGCUCGGUCGAACACAAACACCGGGGCUGGAGCUGCUGACCUGCUUCAGCCCCUUAAAGGAAUAGUUUGAUGUUUUUGGGAAAACUUGGAGGCCGUUUUCAUGUAAAUGUGGAUCUGCAGACAGAUAGCUGAGCUUAGCUUAGCUUAGCAUAAAGACUGGAAACAAAGCCUGGAUUGGCUGAAUGAUUAGAAGCUAUUCCAUGACAUUUCUAACUCUGACAUGUGAUCUUAAGUCAUUUGGUAAACAGCAGUGGAUUUUUUCUGAUAUCAAAAUUGCCAAUAUUGAUGAAAAAAUAAUGUUUACGGAUAUUUCUGAGCUGUGAGAUUUAUUGUGAAAAUCUGGGGGAGUUGAUUUCCUGUUGUUUACAGUUUUUGGUCAUCAAAAUUAGAAUAUUUAGAGAUACCAAAGCUUUAAAGAAAUGGCAGAUAUUUUAUAAGAAGGUUGGAUAGAAGAGGAGAGAAUCCCUCAAAAGCUGCCAAUCUUUUUUUAUGCAACUCGGUCAGAAUCAAGAUUUUUUUCUGCAAACUUUUGAUAAUCAAAACUAGAAAUGAUGCAAUAUCUGACACCGUUGACUUCUGUUUCUGUUGUAUCUGAAAGGCUUCGACAUUCUUGCAGCCGUGACAUCUGUACUUCGUCUAAGCUAAGCUAACCAGAGUGUUGGAGUUUUCCCAGAGCAUCAAACGUCCUCUAACCUCCAUGAAGCUUCCUCACUGCCAUAACGUGCUGACAGAUCCGUUUUUAUGCACAGCUGCGAUAAAUUUAUGGAUAUUUUUCCUCUGACGAGACAUUUGAAGCUCUGUGAUCGGAGAAACCGGUAGUUUUUGGUACUUUUCAGUUGUUUUUUUCUUAUUUUGAGUAAUGGGGUUGAUGAUUCCUUGAUAAGCUACUCUCCUGUUAGUUUUCACUCUGGGGUCUCGGAGCGCCGCGGCCCGGUCGGCGCUCACAUUUCUGAUGCAGCAGCGCUCAGACUGCUGGACCAAGGAUCUGUAAAUAGUCCUACCAUUUAAAAAACUCAUAAAAAUAUAAAAAAAAGGUACUUAGCCACAUCCUGGCAACAAAAAUAUCUACCAAAUAUUUAAAUGCCAAAAUGUUUUCCUCUAGUUUGAUUGUUCUCCCGCAGUACCGUUGAUGUGAUUUACUGUAAAUGUCAAUGUUUUGAUACUACCAAUGCUCAUACUAACUCCUCUCAUCAGCCUCCUGUAGAUCCACUUUUAUUUUGUAUUAAUUUAACUGUCAAAUUAUUUUAUUGCCUUCUUUCAGGUCGGGGUUUCUCCCCUUUUUAAGCUGUUGUACAUGUGAUUUUCAAAGUUUUAUAUACACUAGUUUGAGAUUUCAGAGGCAAAUAGUUUUGAAACUUUUUAUUUUGUAAGAGUUUCUAUUAUCUUUUAGACUUUUUGUUGCUUUUUUAUUUAUGUUUUUGUUUGUAGGAUUGCUGAUGUGGUUUGGUGUUCAUCUUGUUGUUCAGGGGAUGUGAGCCGUGCGUCUGCUGCAGACCUGAGCCGAUCAUCGCUGCAGAUGUUUCAAUUAUUCAUCUUUUUAAGGCGGUUUCAUGUUAGAGAUCAGAGCUCACCUGACCCCAAAGUACAGAACUUCCUGAAGCAGCAAUUCACAAUAAAAGCCCCUGUGGCAGACAUCUGAUGGUUAAUGAUUAACUGGUGAGCUCCAGCUCUGGUUUUAUGGUUGAUAAAUUAACAUGAAUGUGGAGAUGUAAGGUCUCUGCCCAGUUAGAAACAUGCUGACACUCAUGUUUAAAGCCUUUUUAACCACAAUAAGUCAAAGUUUAAUCAGGAACACUGUUUCUACAGUCCGUAUGAUGGGCUAGAACUCUUUCCUGCCGGUAAUCAGAAAUAAUUCCCCGCACGUCUUCGUCGGCGCGUUAAUCAGCGACAGGUCUGCAGCCCGAGCACGGAGAGAGAAAUGUUUGUUCUGCUGCUUUUUGUCACAAACACCACAUGUGAAUCACCGAUGGAGUGGAGAAGCCAAUGAAUCAUUGGUUUCUGCAUGCAGGUUCUGAUUUAUUAUUGGAAAUAAACUAUUUUUAUGCACAUUAACAUUUUAAAA